AUGGGCAACGCCGGCGAGAAAUUCGUCGUGCUGCUGCUGCAUGGACCUCUACCUGUUAGCGACCCUGACGGUGCGGACCCACAAGCCAGCAAGCCACACCAGGAGGAGGCGCGGCCCAGCCCCGCCAAGAGGCCCAAUCCAAGAGCCACCAACCACCACCCUUCCCGCUCCGCCCUGGCGCAUCUCAUCGAGACGCGCGGUCUCCGCCAAGCUCGUGAAGCCAUGGAUCCCAGCGUCUCUGCCUUCCUCACCCGCUUCGAGACCAGGAUCGAGGCCGCCAUCGAUGGUCUCACCAAGGCGCAACAGACCACAACGACGAAGAUCGACGAUCUGCUCAGCUGGCGCCCAGAUCUCGAGCGCCGCGUCGCGGAUCUCAGUGAUGCAGUGGCUGCCCUUCAGGCGGCGCUGCAACCACCACUGAUGGAGCCGGAGGACCAGCAGCCGCACACAACCACGCCGCAGCCGCCGAGCGACCACAUCGGCACCUCAGCAGGCGCGGCCGGCAACACCCAAGGGCCCCAUGGCCACGGCAUCACCAUCAACCCUCGGGGGCCCUCGGCGGUGCCAAUUCCGGCGCCGCCGCCGCCCCCAGCAUCUGGUCAGUACGAUUCCCUGAUCCCUUCGUCUGUGGCUCUGUCGCCGUUUGCUCAUGCAAAUGUUUGGAAUUCUGCCAUCGUUUUGGGUUCCUAUGGCAGCCCUCAAUUUUUCCGGUUCGGCUUCAAUUUGGCUCCAGUCCUGCGGAAGGAUAUUCGCGCUGUCAUGCUGGUCCAGCGACCACCUGAUCUGGACACGGCAUGCGCGCCCGCGUUGCUGCAAGAAGAAGUAGCAGAAGGCGUGUUCGGGUCUCUACCGCGGCCACCAGAAUCAGGAGUGCGUACGGCCCUGCCUCUCCCGCCGCCACCAACACCUCCUGCGCGUCCUGUACCUGCUGCUCCCGCAGCGGAUCGACGGGGGACCGAAGCGGCGCGCGCCGAUACGGCGAAACUCAAGACCCUGCCCGACUACCGCCGAGCGCGCGGCUUAUGCUUCAAGUGCGGCGAGCGUUGGGGACACGAUCAUGUGUGCCCCACAUCCGUGCAGCUCCACGUUGUGGAGGAGCUCCUGGAACUCUUCGGCAUCGACGACACCAUCGACUCCUCUCCUACGGCCUCAACAACUGAGACAGUGAUGACGAUCUCGCGCCAGGCCCUUUCCGGCGGUGUCUCCGAAAAGGCAUUUCAGCUUCGCGCGUGGAUUCAGGGUCAGGAAGUGCUCAUGCUGGUGGACUCCAGUAGCUCCACCUCUUUCAUCAACCACACACUCGCCGCGAAGCUGUCAGGAGCGCGACCUCUACCACGCGCUUGCAAGGUCCGUGUUGCUGAUGGGGGCGAGCUGGCAUGUGUCUCUGAACUGCCAGCUUGUGCCUGGUGCACCCAAGGCAGUGAAUUCAUCACAGAUAUGAAGAUUCUGGUGCUCGGCACUUACGAUGCCAUCUUGGGGAUGGACUGGCUGGAAGCAAACAACCCUAUGACAGUGGACUGGCGUACCAAGCUCAUUGAGAUCAAAACCCCUAAUGGUGUCACUCAUCUGCAAGGUCAUGAAGCCCAAUCUUCAGAGUGUUCAGUGAUCAACGCGUUGCAAUUACAGAAUCUGUGCAGAACAGGAGCUAUAACACAUAUGGUGUAUGUGUGUGCACCCUCCUCCUCGGAGGACAACCCAGAUGCAGUACCAGCCAACAUACAACAAGUAGUCGAUGAUUUCUCUGCAAUAUUUGGUGAACCAGUGGGAUUGCCACCGCGGCAUGACUGUGAUCACAAGAUACCGCUGAUUCCAGGAGCUCAACCUGUCAACAUACGACCUUACCGCCAUAAGCAUGACCAUAAAGAUGAGAUUGACGCGCAGGUUGCAGAAUUGUUGCGUCAAGGGAUAAUACAGAAAAGCUCCAGCCCAUUUUCUUCCCCAGUAAUCUUGGUGAAAAAGAAGGAUGGCACGUGGCGGAUGUGCGUAGACUACAGACAUCUAAAUGCAAUCACAACAGUGGCUAAGUUUCCGGUGCCCGUAAUUGAAGAACUUUUGGAUGAAUUACAUGGGGCAGUGUGGUUCUCGAAACUGGAUCUUCGGUCAGGAUACCAUCAAAUUCGGCUGGCACCAGGCGAGGAGUACAAGACAACAUUCCAAACCCAUUCAGGUCACUAUGAAUUUAAGGUGGUUUCCUUUGGGUUGGCUGGGGGCCCGGCCACUUUCAACGGAGGACUCCAUACCACACUCCAGCCCCUGCUCCGCCACUGUGUGUUGCUCUUCUUCGACGACAUUCUCGUCUUCAGUAAAACUCUUGAAGAUCAUGCUAGUCACCUGCGACAAGUGUUCCAACUGCUUCAGCGGGAUCAGUGGAAAGUAAAGCUCUCCAAGUGCGAGUUUGGUCAAAAGCAGCUUUCCUAUCUCGGCCAUGUCAUUAGUGAAAAAGGCGUGGCCACAGAACCCAGUAAAGUUCAGGCGGUCAGCACAUGGACGACUCCAACGGACACGAAAGGGGUGCGAAGUUUCUUGGGCCUGGCUGGCUAUUACAGACGUUUCGUGAGGAACUUUGGUGUGAUCGCUCGGCCCCUUUUCAACCUUUUAAAAAAGGGGGUGCCCUUUGUCUGGACGAGCAACACAGACACAGCCUUUCAGCUGCUCAAGCAGCAGUUAAUCUCAGCCCCGGUUCUAGCCUUACCUAACUUCCAGGAACAGUUCAUUGUGGAAACGGAUGCUAGUGACAAAGGAAUUGGAGCUGUUCUGCAACAGAAAGGACACCCCAUCGCUUUCAUGAGCAAAGCUCUGUCACCACGCUAUCAGGGGCUAUCAACUUAUGAAAAAGAGUUCUUGGCAGGCAUCGUGGCAGUGGGCCAGUGGAGAUUAUACCUACAACAUGCAGAGUACAAAAAGGGCUCGGAAAACACGGCCGCAGAUGCUCUGUCUCGUGCCAACCCCUCCGCUAUGCUAUCUGCAUUGACAGUAUGCCAACCUGCAUGGUUGGAAGACAUCAACAGCAGCUAUAACAGCAAUCCUCAGGCCCGGCGCUUGCUCGAGCAACUCGCAGUACGACCAGACCCCAAAGGAAGGUUUACUCUGCAACAAGGCAUCAUUCGUUUCCGAGGGCGCAUCUGGCUGGGUGGAUCGACAGCAAUGCAGCAACAGAUCAUCGACGCUUUCCACGAUAGCUCACUGGGGGGACACUCGGGCUACCCAGUUACAUAUCGCAAGAUGCGACGUCUGUUCGCUUGGCCUAAAAUGAGAACUCACGUGCAGCAAUAUGUGCAAUGCUGCCCGGUCUGCCAACAAGCAAAACCAGACAGAGCAGCUUCUCUAGGUCUAUUGCAACCUCUGCCAAUCCCGAAAGAGCCCUGGGAUCUUAUCACUAUGGAUUUUGUGGAUGGACUGCCGCAAUCUGGGAAGCACAACUGUCUUUGGGUCAUCGUGGAUAAACGAACCAGAUAUGCUCAUUUCUUGCCCCUGGCUCACCCGUAUACAGCAUCCAAAGUAGCCCAGCUCUACAUGACUCACAUCUACAAGAUACAUGGGUUACCAGGGGCAAUUAUCUCGGACAGGGACCCGGUCUUCACCAGUCAUUUUGGGCAGGAGCUGUUCAAGUAUGCAGGCACUGAGCUUCGACUGAGCACAGCAAACCACCCUCAAACGGAUGGGCAAACGGAACGCGUGAAUCAGUGCGUUGAAAUCUUCUUGCGCUGCUUCACACAUGCAUGCCCGCGGCGCUGGAGUUAUUGGAUCCCACUGGCUCAGUUUUGGUACAACUCUUCACACCACUCGGCCAUCGGCAUGUCGCCCUUCAAGGCCAUGUUUGGCCACGAGCCCAAGUACUGGGGCAUCUCGGCGUUCACAUCAUGCUCAGUACCCUCCUUGUCUGCCUGGCUGGAAGAGCGCGCAGUCAUGCAGGAUCUAGUACAACAACAUCUUCAUCGAGCCAAGAACUACAUGAAGAUACAUGCUGAUCAGGGGCGCUCUUUCUGCGAGUUCGACGUGGGCGAUCAGGUUUAUCUGAAACUUCAACCUUACAUUCAGACAUCCAUUGCCCCCCGGGCAAACCACAAGCUCUCCUUCAAAUUCUACAGACCGUUCCCCAUCAUCGAGAAGAUCAACGCAGUGGCCUACAAACUACAGCUGCCACCACAGGCCACGGUGCACCCCGUGUUUCACGUGUCCCAGCUGCGCCGAGCUUUGUCACCUGGUACGACAGUUCAAUUCGAACUUCCUUACAACACUAAUGAUUUGGCUGUGCCUAGUGAGAUCCUACAGUCUAAAUGGCGCCGCAAGAAUGGAGACAUGAUUGAGCAAGUCAAGGUCCGAUGGACUGGCGCCUCCAACUUGGACGACACAUGGGAAGAUCGGCAAGCUCUGCAGGCUCGCUUCCCUCACGCAGCGGCUUGGGGUCAAGCCGCCACUCAAGGAGGAGGGGAUGUUAGCGACCCUGACGGUGCGGACCCACAAGCCAGCAAGCCACACCAGGAGGAGGCGCGGCCCAGCCGCGCCAAGAGGCCCAAUCCAAGGAGCACAAUAGAUCGAUUCCCCUACCUUGAUCCUAUCACUACCGUUGCUAAAGGAGCAGAGCAGCAGUCGCAAGGAGCAGCGACAAGCAGCAACGGCAAGGAGCAGCAGCUGUGGCAAGGAGCGGCAGCCGAAAGUAGUAGCAGCGGCGGCAAGCAGCGUGAGGGAGCAGCGGCGGCAAGCAGCAGCAGCGGGAAGGAGCUGGUCGAGCAUGGCGUCGCCUGCCGUGGCUGCGGCGGCCCUCCAGCUCCGCCACGCCGCGUGCAGCAGCUCUAA